AUGGAGAAGUUUUGGACGGGGCUUAAACUGCACCUCAAGUACUCCACCGUCCCGGGGUAUGGCUUGGCGACCCUGGUGACAGCGGGCAGGGAGCGCAUCCUCUUCACCGUGGCGUUCCAGUGCCCCUGCAGCGCCUCCUGGAACCUGCCCUACAGCCUGGUCUUCCUGCUCGUGCCGGCGCUGGCGCUCUUCCUCCUGGGCUGCGUGCUGAGCGUGCGCGCCUGGCGCCUGGUGACCGGCUGCUGCGCCCGGGCCGCCUGCACGGGCUGCGGCGAACUGAGGUCCCGGGCCAAGGUGUGGACGCAUCUCACCUGGGCCGGCAUGCUCGCGUCCUUCACCUGGGUGGCGGUGGCGCUGCUCGGGGGCGCCGUCUACGAGUGAGGCGCCAGCGGGAGCACCGAGGUGGCGCGGCGCCUGUGCGCUGGCCGCGACUCCAGCUGUGCUGCCCGGCUGCCGCUGAUGCCCUGCCAACAGGCCGGGGAGCCCGACGUGCAGGACCUCCUGAGGGAGCUCAGGGCCCAGUCGCAGGUGCUAGGCUGGUUCGUGAUAGCAGCUGUUAUCAUUGCCCCUCUGAUUUUUGUAUGUGUCUCCCGAUGCCUGGCUACAGGUAGUUUCCUGCAGCUGCAAUUUUUGAAAACGUAUUCGGAACAGGAGCAGGAGAUCCUUAAAAGACAAACCACAGAGCUUGCAACCAAAUUGGCAGAAGAGAAUGUUAAAUGUUUUUUUGAGAGCUCACAUCUAGAGAAAUACGACACUCCAAGCGCUAAAGACUGGCAGCAAAUUUCACUCCCACGUACUUUCAAACCGAAUGAGCAGGACUACAGUGUGUUGCACAAAUAUGUUAAAACAAAAGCGAAGAAACAUCUUCUGAGUUCUUCUGAAAGAGAUGAAGUCGUUUCUUCUCUCUCUGUAGAUUCACCUGAUAUGGUGACCACUGCUGAGUUAUGA